AUGGAAGGCGAUCAACAGACAGAAAACCUUGGGGUUUUCUACUAUUUUGAGAACUAUUUUCUUCAUUUUAUUGGGUUUACAGCGGUAAUUGGGUUGCUACUAUUGUUCCAUCUUCGCAAGAAAUGGUUGCCGAAAUAUCGCCAUUGGAGAGCCUCCAGACACAAUCAGUACCUCAGCAUGGUGGCUGGACUGUCAUUUCAAGAUGAUGUCGACAGUGGGUUGACCUCCGGCACCUUUGACUUGAUGGGCAAUAUUGAUGGCGGAGAUUCAAGAAAGGGACUAGAUGAAGCUGCCAAAAAAGAGAUCAUCGCCAUAAUGAAUAAAGACAGCUUGACAUUUGACGACGCCAGGACCAAGUAUUUCCAAAAUAAGAUGGCGAGAAAUCAAAUUGGACCGGAUGGAAUGCCUUUGGAUCCCAGAGCUUUCACUUUUGGUUGA